GAGGCUCCCAAGAAAAACACUGCAGCAAGACAAGGCAACCCUACACGCCUGCCCACACUUAGCAGCGCUGCCGUGGCGCUCCUGCUUGCCAGCUCGCUCUAUCUGCUUCUGACAGAAAGUUUUCACUCUCCGACAGAAGGUUUUGCUGUACCCACGGGUAUCUCGCAAGUUUGUCUGAAUUAGAAGGCUCUAGGAUCCCGGAUUCAACUUCUCUGGAGAAGCGUGGAUCCUGCUCCUGAAGCAGUCUGCGUGCCUAUCGCUACCCUCGAGUUGCUUCUGCUCGGUGACGCUGCCAAGAUGUACCUCGCUGAGGACCUCCUGUAAGUGGCAGCUCAGGGCAGAACCACCACCGUUUUCGCUUGGAAUUUCAGAAUACUUCACUCACCCGGUGUCACCCCUGUCCGGCUGAGGACCGCACAGAAUAUUAGGCACAAUGAAACUCCAGGGCAGAGGCAGGAAAGGUAAACCGCACUCUCAUUAGCACGUUAAUAGCUCGAACUGCGUAAGGACUACCCAGAUUUUCCUCCCCCUCUCCCCCCACCGCCAUUUUUACGGCCCCAACAAGCGCUCCCCGCGGGCUCCGCCGCCUCGCCCUUUAACCCGGGCUGCUCGCAUCGCCGGCUGCGUCCCGGCCAGACGUGCCCUCGGACGGCACGGCACGGCUCGGCACAGCUCAGCACGGCCCGGCACGGGGUUAGGGGGCCGGGGGAGGCGACGGCGAGCCGUGAGCACCGAGCCGGGGCCCGGGGCCGGCGGGACGGAGGGCCUGGUUUCUGAGCCAUUCUCCCAAAUUAACAUGCAAGACUCACUGGAGCUGGGGAUACCCGCUGCCCGCCCAGAGGAGUACUUGGAGGAACGUGGCUUGAUCUCCCUCUUGUGGAAAAUUAUUGGAACUAAAUUCUUGUGAUACUGAAGAAGGAAUAUCCCACAUCAGCUCAUAAACGAUGUCAGCAGUUACUGUGCCCCCUGCUGAUGUUGUUGGCCCUCACACAAGUGAAGGGAUGGACUCUCUGAUCGUACUGCAUUAUAAUUACACAGGAAAGCUCAUUCUAAGGGAAAAGGCAACUGAUAAAAUAGACCUGACCACUAUUGCAUUUCUGAUCCUAUGUAGUUUCAUAGUCCUGGAAAACUUGAUGGUGUUGAUUGCCAUAUGGAAAAACAAUAAGUUUCACAACCGCAUGUACUUUUUCAUUGGCAAUCUAGCUCUCUGUGAUCUUUUAGCUGGGAUUGUUUACAAAGUAAACAUUCUUAUGUCUGGGAAGAAAACUCUGAGCUUGUCCUCAACAAUCUGGUUCAUUAGGGAAGGCAGUAUGUUUGUUGCACUGGGAGCCUCCACCUUCAGCUUACUAGCAAUAGCUAUUGAGCGGCAUUUGACUAUGAUUAAGAUGAGGCCUUAUGAUGCAAAUAAGAAAUAUAGAGUGUUCCUUCUCAUUGGAACAUGCUGGCUUAUUUCAAUUUCCUUGGGUGCCUUACCCAUCCUUGGCUGGAACUGUAUAAACAACUUGCCAGAUUGUUCAACCAUUUUGCCUCUUUACUCCAAGAAGUAUGUUGUGUUCUGCAUUAGUAUCUUCAUAGCCAUUCUGGUGGCCAUUGUUAUCCUUUAUGCACGCAUCUACAUCCUGGUAAAGUCCAGCAGCCGAAAUGUCACUAACCACAAUAACUCGGAGCGGUCCAUGGCACUCCUUAGGACUGUUGUGAUCGUUGUUAGUGUCUUCAUUGCCUGCUGGUCUCCAUUGUUCAUUUUGUUCCUCAUUGAUGUAGCCUGCAGAGUCAAGGAGUGCUCUGUCUUGUACAAAGCCAACUGGUUUAUUGCUCUGGCGGUCAUCAAUUCUGCAAUGAACCCCAUCAUCUAUACUUUGGCCAGUAAGGAAAUGCGUCGGGCUUUCUUUCGCCUUGUUUGUGGUUGCCUGGUGAAAUCCAGGGUAGCCAGAUCUUUGCCUAUUCAGCCCACGCCAGAUCACAGUCGAAGUAAAUCCAGCAGCAGCAAUACCCAGAAGCCAAAGGAAGAUUUCCCUCAGAUGAGCAUUCCCUCGUGUGUCAUUGAGAAGCGUGAAUCUUCAUUUCACAACGGAAACUUCUGUAAGUAAGGGACUCUUCAAGUCAAGGACCUUUCUGUGGCUUAGAAUUAAACUACAAGUGUAGUUUAAGUAUUCAUGCACUUAAAUCAUAGGGGAAAACACUAACCACUUAUUUAACUCUGAGGACUUAAUUAUCAACAAUCAUUUGCUUUGUGUGUUCUUUCAGUAACACACCUGAUUCAGAAAAGCUUUCUGUGCUACCCAACAGCCAGUACAGAGUCCAUGUACAUCUAUUGACAUUGUGCACCAUGAUGGCAUUGCAUGAUAAGGUUGCAUUUGGCACCACCUGAUCCUGCAAGACAUCAAGAAAACCUGUUAACAUUCACUAAAUAUUCAUCUAAUAAAUGUAACUUCAGCAUUCACUAAACGCUGCUGAUAAUCAGAAAAUGAGCCUGAUUAUUGCCAACUAGGAGAAAAGCUCAUUACAUAUAUUGGGGAUUAUAGUUCUGUAUAUGUAUCUUGCUGUUAUGUUAAUGGCCUUACUUGUAUGUGGUAUAAAUAGCUGUAUAUUUGUACAAUUCCAUAUUAAAAAGUCAAUGUUUGGUUAGAGUUUACAAUAUUUUAAACAUUGUAUUGUAGUAUAGAGUGUAAGGUGACAAAUUAUUCAAAAAGACAGAUGUGUUUUGAAGGGGAUUUUUAAAAUACAUGAAGUAGUAGCUUUAAACUGACAGGAACUUUAACAUGCCAUAUCAAUGCAGUACAUUUGUUUUUUCCACUGUUAGUCAAACUUUUCAUGUUUAGUGAAAGACAACAUGAUAGUUGUCACUGUGACAUUUCACAACUUUUAAAAAAACAGUAGUAAAUAACCAUUAAAUGAGGUUAUAUAUGUUUUCUAUUUAAAGUAGUUAAAAUGUGACCCAUCAAUACAUAUAUCAAGGGUAUGUACUAUUUCAAUGCAUAUAUUUUUACUUACUAUUUUCAAUGUAUUUAAAAAUGUAUGUCAAACCUAUGUAAACCUGUGUACAUUGUGAAUGCACUACCUAAGCUGAGAUUCUUCAGUUCUGAAGCAGAGACGUAUCAUUUCAGAAAGCAAUGAACCACAACCUGGUCCUUGUGGAGUUCCUCUUUUCCCUCCAGGCACUACCACAGCAUGGGAUUGUGUUAUAGCUUCUCCCUGGGAAGAAGCCCAGCCAGUAGGACAAGAUCCUUUUUUUCUGGCAAUGGGACCUUACACUUUUACCGUCUCUGAGCACUUUUGCAGAUACAAGAGGGAAGAUGCGGUACAGCAGGGUCAUGCUGAAGGGCAUAUCUCCAUUUAUACCUGACCCUGCCUUGAAUAUGGAAUAAUCUAUUCAGUUUGCAUGAUCUUUCAACUUUUCUGGAGCCCCAGAAUCAUUAUUUUGAGGGGCUGUUCCACAGAAACCUGUACAAAAAAAGGUUUGUGGUUUAUCACUGACUUACCAGCCUCAGUACAGGAUGCUGUUCAGCAUCAGGGGGGUUCCCUAAGACCUAGAGUAAUUAAGACUUCAUAAACAUCUGGUUGCAAGUCUCCAUGGAAGUGGCCUAUGGUACUUCCAUCAGUACUAGUACUUUAUAGCUGGAGGCUUCAGUGUAAGUUUUCCCUUCACUGGAAGGGAAAUUCUCAGAUUAGUUCUCAAUGUAAACAUCUAGCUUUCUUGGGCUCCUUUGAAGAUUCCUGCUUAAUGCCUCCAAACCACACUUUGCCUUAAUCAUAAUCAGAAGAAGUUGACGCUUUUUAAUUAACAACUUGUAGGAGCUCAUACUUGGUUUUACUCCUGUCUUAAUCAUUUAAACAGCAGCAUAAAGACUCUUUCAAAGUACGUACAGUGUGUAAGUGGUGUAAUGUGUGUAGCAAAAGCCUUUAAAAUGUAGAGAUUUGCAUUGUGAUUAUCUUCUUACAAGCUAGCAGUCUACUUGUAAAUGUUUUAUGCUGUUAGAAAACAGCAAGAACAAAGAAGAAUAUAAAAUGAAUUUGAAUGAACUGUGAAAGAGAGUAGAAAAUGGACAACUUCUACCAAAAAUGUU